UUCAUCACUUCCGGGUUGCUUUUUUUUUUUUGUUCCAUGGAUUCAGCCGAGGAGCUAACGUCAAGCUAACGCUAGCCUCGAUCGUCUCCAUCGCGGUGUUAAGAGAGUCGUGCAGUGACAACACAACACAUCCGACCCCUCACAGAUGGCCUAAAGCCACGAUGAAAGUGACCCACCCAUCAUGUUGACGGUGGCUCACAAGCUCACACUGCUGGUAAGUCGCGCCACUGCGGGCGAAGUGGAAUAACAAGUCAUCAGCGCACGUCUCCGCGGACCGGACCUGUCUGGUGCUACCGUGUUACCCGCUGCAUAAUUACACCGUCAUGUCAUUACCCAAGGACUCGGGGGACAGGGGCAAGGACAAGGAGCGGGGGGCGCGUCCCAAGGUGAGGCAGAGCCGGUCGGAGGAGCGCCGGGACUCUAGGGGGGGGGGGGGCCGCAAGGGAGGGAAGUUCAAGAAGAAGGGUCUCUCCUCCAACGGGCUGGCGGCCGAGCGGCCCGUCAGCGACGGCUUCGAGUACGGCGAGCUGCUGGCGGGCGGCGCCGAGACCAACGACCGGCGGUCGUCGUCCCCGCUGAAGGUGGGCCGGAGGUGGCAGGGCGCGGACGCCGCUGCCACCGGGUCGCCGCUCGGACCGGAGCGGGGGGUCGCCGCUGAGUCGCCCCCCGCCGGUGAGGGCGAGGGACGGGGGGGCAGCGGCAGCCGCACCCUGCGGCAGAAGAUCCAGGACGCCAUGGGGCAGUGCUUCCCCAUCAAGACGCUGGCGGCGCCCGCGGCUGCGUCGUUGCUACUGGCAACGCCGCAGGCUCUCGCGGCGGGUGCGGAGGCCGCGGGCGGCAGCGUCUCGUCGAGGCGCAAGAUCCACCUGAGCGAGCUGAUGCUGGACGACUGCCCCUUCCCCGCCGACUCGGAGCUGGCCCAGAAGUGGUACCUCAUCAAGCAGCACACGGUGCCCAUCACGCAGCCCCCGCUGCUGGACGCCGCCACGCCCACGGCCGCCCCGGUGGUGGAGGACGUGGACGACCGGCUGCGGGAGCGCCGGCGAAUCAGCAUCGAGCAGGGGGUGGAGCCGCCGCCCAACGCCGAGAUCCACACCUUCGAGGUGACGGCGCAGAUCAACCCCCUGUACAAGCUGGGGCCCAAGCUGGCGCACGGCAUGAACGAGCUGGCGGCGGACGAGAGAGCCACGGUGCAGCUCCAGCAGCAGCUGCUCAUCCAGAGGCAGCAGCAGCACCAGCUCCUGCUGCAGAGCUGCCUGGACACCCUGGACGAGGUGGUGGCCUCUGCCGCCGCCUCCAGCUCGGCCUCGGCCUCCGCCGCCGCCCCCGUCGCCGUGGCCUGCGACCCCGUCCUGGAGUCUCUGGCGGACCCUGAGGUGUCGCCCGGAGUGACGCCGCCCACGGCCUCGCCACCCGGAGCGGAGCAGCCGCAGCCCACGCCGCCGGACGGCUACCGCAUCCACACGCAGAUCGACUACAUCCACUGCCUGGUGCCGGACCUCCAGCAGAUCGCCACGCUGGGCUGCUACUGGGGCGUGAUGGACCGCUACCAGGCGGAGACCCUCCUGGAGGGCCGGCCCGAGGGGACCUUCCUGCUGCGGGACUCGGCCCAGGAGGACUACCUGUUUUCGGUGAGCUUUCGGCGGUACGGCCGCUCGCUGCACGCGCGCAUCGAGCAGUGGAACCACAACUUCAGCUUCGACGUGCACGACCCCAACGUGUUCCACGCGCCCACCGUCACGGGCCUGCUGGAGCACUACAAGGACCCCAACUCCUGCAUGUUCUUCGAGCCGCUGCUGUCCAUCCCCGUCCACCGCACGCAGCCCUUCGGCCUGCAGCGCCUGUGCCGCUCGGUGGUGAGCGGCAGCACCACCUACGACGGCAUCAACCAGCUGCCCAUCCCCACCGCGCUCAAGAAGCACCUGAAGGAGUACCACUACAAGCAGAGGGUGAGGGUGAGGCGGAUGGACACCUGGUGGGAGUAAGGCCGGCGCCCCCCCCCUCCUUCCGGACCAAUCGGCUCUCUUGUUUGGAGUCGCGUGUUUUAAGGCGUGUUUGACGAAGGGAGACACUAGACUCUGUGAUGCAGGUCCCCGCACGCCCGGCCAAGUAGUGACUUAUUCCUCCGUUCCUGUUCUUCUUUUCUUUUCGUUUGUCGCUGUAUUAAUCGACGUUAUACUUAUUUAUUUCCUCUGGCGUGUCCUUUUCUUGUAUCGCGCUACGUGAACAAUACAGAAUAAUACUAAAGAUUGUCAUGCACAUUUAACAUUUGACACAUUAAACAAAGAUCUUUCCAACGAA